AAGAUUUAGGAUUUUAGCUUAUGAAACAGAAUUCUGAGGGAUGACCUGAUCCCUGCACGUGGGUCCCAACACAUGGAAGAGGAACUCCAGCAGUGCAUGACAUUUGAAUCUUGCUGAGAAGCGCUAGAUGCAAUAGCUGGAAGUUAAACCUGAAACGAAAUACAGCCCCUAACUGCAGAUAUUUGAAACAGCUUAUCAAGGGAAACUGGUGGACUCACCAAUACUUAAUCUCUACAACAAACAGGGAAGUCACUCCAAAGCAUGUCAUUUUAAAUGAGCAUAUAAUCACAAAGCUAAUGGAUCAGCAAGACUUCAAAAGAGUUGAGAAGAAAUCAUAAAAUAAAAAGAACGGCCUUUCAGAUGAACAUUCAGAGUAUACCAUUUCAAGAACAUGCAACAUUCUGGCAACUACACUUUUUUUUUUCCAUCACUUUCUCUGUAAAGUGAAGAAAACAUGCACCUAGAGUAUCUCAGUCUGACAGAGUGCCUGAAAUCCACCGUCAGGGGAAAAACCCACUGCUGCCAAUAAACGAGCCUCUUCUUUGAGCCAAAUACACAUUCAAAGCUUCUAAUGCUUCAUGCGUAUGCAGGCAGACAAGGCAUUAUUCAGCGUUUUUCCAUUUCACACACACGUAGAGCUGAUGCUCUUUUCAUGGUAUACAUUAUAAUGUGGGGAACAGGUUACAGCAGGUGGACCUUUGAACUUUUGCCUUCACAGCAACGUCAAAUUAGCAGUAUGAUUUUACAUACUCCCACCUGACAUGUGGCAAAGCUCGCAAUCCUGCUGGUCCAAUACCCUCUCCCUGACACAGCUCAGAACCAGGUAACUCGAGGAGAGCACAAGACCACUGUGGCAGACAUAUUUUAAUAUUCUGUAAUGCAGAAAAGUACAGUUCUUAUUCUCAUAAAGAUUAGUUUGAACCCUGAGUCAUAUGCUUUAAUCUCUUUUCUAAAUGUUUUUUUGGCUUUUGUUAUAAAUGCACUAGGCCAUUUUGUUAUUCAUACAAAUAUCUGCUUGCUUUGAAUCUUGCUGAAUGAUUUCCUCCGGCAGCUAGUUUCAUUCUAAUUACAUGGUUUGAAAAAGUAUUUCCACCUACCAUUUUUCAAAACUCCCACUUUCUAAGUAUCAGGGAAUGUCCUUUUGGGCUUGUACUAUGAGACAUCACAAAGCUAUCUUGCCAUACUAGUUCCUCUUAAUGGACUGACAAACAAUCUUAAUUAAGUUUUAACAUGUCCGAGCCAACCUUUUUCACAGCUGAUCAUACAAAAAAAAUUCAAGUUCUAUGGUUAAUGAGUGUGUUUAGAAAUACUUUAAUGCUUUAAAAGAAUAAGACUACCUGUUCUGAAUGAGGACUGCACUGUUUCCACUGCCUUUUUGUUACCUAUUUUCUUAAGAAACCAUGGCAAAAUUAGCUUUAUGUCUUCUGCUAAAGAAUACUAGAGUCCUGUGAUAGAAUUCUAAAACAAAUCUUGGCUUCACAGCAGCAGAUGUAGUUCAGUUUAACAAGCCAAUAAAUAUUUUAAGUGACUAGAGAGCUGGGACUUUUAUAAUAUGAUCCAGGUUUAAAAGCUAAGAAGGGAGUCAACAGGUACCAGAAAAAGAAAACACACAAUACCUGUGUGGGUUUCUGCCUACUGCUAAAUUAGAACAUUCCAUUUUGAGCAAUACCUUGAGAAGUUAUCCUAGUGUCAUAACACAUGUUAACCUGAGAAGUGAUGAUUUCUGUUUAAAAAGCUUGGUGGAUAAAAGUGAUCACCAGCAGAAACAAAAAUGAGAUAUACAAGUUCAGCAGAAUUCAAAUUACAAAUCUAGCCUCGCUACAUUCUCUUGUAGUUUACUGCAUGAGAUGGUCAAGCUGCUUCAUUAAGUCAUUCAAACAUGAACACAUGCAGCGUCUUCAACAUUUCACACCGAAAAAGGCUGCCUUAAAAAAAAAAACCAACAAAAAACAACAACAAAAAAAACAAAGGAGAAAGUGAAAAUAAAGCUUCACACUAGACUCCACAGGCGUCUUAAACCAGCAACUCAAACCACAAAACUAGCACUGCCCUACGCUUUGCAAAAGAAGGUAAAGCUACAUGCAGAAGCCGAGCAAUCCACAACACGGCAGGUCCUCCUGAUUUUUACAGAAGUACAAUAGGAGCAUAUGUCUCAUGUUGUGGAUCCUUCCCACUAUAAAUUAUACCAAAAAAAUGAAUCUGGCAGCAGUUCAUAAGAAAGAAAAGCUUUACAUGUGGUACACAUGAAAAUGAGGCUGAGAACGCGGAAAGCUUCUCAGCAGUCGAAUCAAAUUCACACACAACGUGCUUUGAGGGCAAAGAGGAAACAUUCGGAGGUGGAAGAGAGCUUACCUGUUGGCGGAGGAAAACCACAGAAAAAUGAAACUGGCUUGUUGUCUUCAAUCAAAAAGUUUAUUAAAGGAAGCACACCCAAGGAAGAAAGAGAAAACCCUGCAAAAAGAAGUAGAAUUGAACGGGAUAUAGAUAACAGCUUGAUUACAUCCACACCUCAAACAGGAGAAAAGCCUAAUAAACAGAUCUCUCGAGUACGACGGAAAAGUCAAAUGAAUGGAGAAGCCGGAAGUUACGAAAUGACAAACCAACAUGUAAAGCAAAAUGGAAAAUUAGAAGAUAAUCCUGCCACUGGCAGUCCCCCACGAACUACAUUACUGGGAACCAUAUUUUCUCCUGUUUUCAAUUUUUUUUCACCAGCAAAUAAAAAUGGAACAUCAGGAUCAGAUUCUCCAGGACAAGCUGUUGAAGCUGAAGAAAUAGUCAAACAGCUUGAUAUGGAACAGGUAGAUGAGAUUACUACAAGUACUGCAACAUCCACCAAUGGAGCAGCCUAUACUAGCCAAGCAGUGCAGGUCAGAUCUACUGUCAACAAUGGUUUAGAAGAAGUGGAGGAAACAAAUGACCGUGACCUGCCACCACUUACAGCACCAGUAUCUCCAGACAGUGGCUACUCAUCAGCUCAUGCAGAAGCCACCUAUGAAGAAGACUGGGAAGUCUUUGAUCCAUAUUAUUUCAUCAAACAUGUUCCACCACUAACAGAAGAACAACUUAACAGGAAGCCAGCUCUUCCACUGAAAACAAGAAGCACACCAGAAUUUUCAUUAGUUCUAGACUUGGAUGAAACAUUAGUGCACUGUAGUCUAAAUGAAUUAGAAGAUGCUGCACUCACUUUUCCAGUUCUUUUUCAAGAUGUCAUUUACCAGGUUUAUGUCCGGUUAAGGCCAUUCUUCCGAGAAUUCCUGGAACGUAUGUCUCAGAUUUAUGAGAUCAUUCUUUUUACUGCUUCUAAGAAGGUGUAUGCAGACAAGUUAUUGAACAUACUAGACCCUAAAAAGCAACUGGUCAGGCAUCGACUUUUCCGUGAGCAUUGUGUUUGUGUACAAGGAAAUUACAUAAAGGAUUUAAACAUUCUUGGUAGAGAUCUUUCAAAAACGAUCAUAAUUGACAAUUCACCGCAAGCCUUCGCUUAUCAGCUUUCAAAUGGAAUUCCUAUAGAAAGCUGGUUCAUGGAUAAAAAUGACAACGAACUCCUAAAAUUGAUUCCAUUUCUGGAGAAACUUGUAGAGCUGAACGAAGAUGUCCGACCUCACAUCAGAGACAGAUUUCGCUUGCAUGACUUGCUACCCCCAGAUUAAAGCCUUUUGUCUAAUUACUGAAGGGGGAGAAAAUGCAGGACCCUUUUGGACUAAAACAAAACAUUGCCAUUACUGUUGAAAUUUUGCAUUUUUGUACCCCGUCUUGCUUUUCUUAUCUUUGGUGCCCAACAAUAAUCAAGGGUUACAGAAAGAGACUUUAUAUAUCUGAGAUUGAAUACAUUCAGUACAAUACAGUACAACACAGUAGGUAGGCUAGAACAGAAAAGUCUUUAGAACUAGUGCAACUCCAAUGAAUUUUUUUUAUGUACAGGACAUCUGCAGUUUAUAAAGAAUUCUGUUUCUGCCACCAGCAGUUUGACCUGUAGAAACACAGGAUUUUAUGAUAUAACAGAGAUUGAAAAUGGACUCUUAUUUUCUCUCUGUUCGGUGCUCUAAGUGGGUUUGUAGCCACUUUUCUGUUACUUUUAAGAUUCUCAUUUCAACAGGAAUGGCCAGUAAAAGUUGUUUUAUUUUUCCUGUUAAGGUUUAUAACCUUUUUACAUUUUUGACCUGUAUUAGAUUAGAAUUUCAUUAUGCAUUCCUUUUAGUUGAGGCGCUUCAUAGUUUUUCUGGAAAUAGCCAAAUUUUCUUAGUUUUUUAUUAAACAGUUGGAUGGCCGUUUUCCUGCUUCGUCUGCCUGCAUACUGUAUAUUUGUUUAAAAAUAUUCUCUAGUUUUAGUCCAUGUAAGUUUCAUUUAGAAAGAAAAACCCUGCAUUUAUAUUUUCUUUCUGUAAUAUUCUACUGUAGUUGAAAUCUUUUCAAAAAUCAAGAGACUGGCUAGAUAAGAAGAAUAUAAGAAUUACUAAUAUUCAGAAUAUUUUAAACCAUUGUGAUGGCAUGUACUCUGGACAGACAAUAUCUUGCAGUGGCACAAACAACUGAUGGACAAGGAAUACCUCAGACUAUGCUGUGCAUGCAAAUCUUGAAAGGAGAACUAGUUUGGUCACCUCUUAGGUUUGAUGCAAUUCAAUUACUGCUGCCUUCUGUUUCCUCCAAGAUUGAAGUAUUCUGCACAGUGGCUCAGUAUUUUAAGAUGUUUUGCAUGGGCUGAUGGUACCCCUGUGACACUCUGCAUUACAAUCAGUUUUAAACUCUGUGUGACAGCGAAGGUACCUGGCAGUAACUAUGCAUAAUCCUGUGGUACAGUACACUCCCACGCCACCGACGCAGUCAGUCUGCUAUCAUAGUGGUUUUCUAUGCUAUAUGGAAAUAGUCUUUCAGCCUUGGUUCUCUAAUGCAGCUACUACAAGAGGUUGAUAUUUUUAUAAUGGUGUGUAAUCUCCUUUUCAGGAGGCUUUUUAUGGAAGGUAUAAUUUGUAAAAGUUAGGAUGCUUUGCCUCUCGACUGCAUUAACACGCCACAGGCUCAGACUGUUUUUGUGUAAAAGAUGUCACAGAACGGCACUUUUUCUAAAGAGAAGUUUGAUAUUUUGUAUGCUUGUUAAGAAAGUACAGUAUUGGAAAUUAAAGGUGGACAACUGAUAAUUGAGAAGUAUGUCAAUUAAUUUUUUAUGUAUAUUACCUGUUUACUUGUACAAUUUUAUUGUACAAAUUACAUGCAGCUUCAUUUUCAAAUGAGUCCUUAAAAUAAGGAAAAUCUUUUUAGGAAAACAUUUAAUUUUUGUAUUUUUGAUUUUAAAAGGCAUGAGUUAUGUCAACUUUUUCCAGUGUAUUAAUGAAGAUUUUAACUUUUCAUCAGGUUGAGUGUUUUCUUACUAUAUUAUCUGUUGUGUAUGUAGCUAGCACAUUGUGUCACUGAACUGUUUAAAAAAAUUAGCAUGUAGAGCAAGCCUGUUUUGUGGAAAAUCCUUAUUCAUUAAAAAAGAAAACCAUCAUGGCAGAUUUUCUGCAAAAAAGUGAAAACAUUUGCAAUUCAGAAUACUGAUUUUUUUUGUAUUUAAAGAAAGGUAUUUUGCUUGCAGGAAAGAAAUACUACAGAUUCAUUUUAAUGAGAAUCUUUUAAAUGUAUUUAUCUUUAGGGCAUCUGGGCAUCUUUACGCUGUUUGUCUUAUGUCUUUAUUGAAAUAAAAUGUACAUAACAU